GUGGAGGACCGAGCACAGUGAAGUGUCUGGAAACCCGAUAUAACUUAGCUGCAGCGUUAACCACUUAGAUUUACGUUCAACGAUUUCCAUUACAUCGAGCCCAGAGACUGAGUUCGUCUCCCCAAAGCAAGCAGAGUCGUCUAGCUGUUUGACGUAAAGACGUUGAAACUGAAAUUGAAAUUUCCAACAAGGAAGAAAGGGGUUGAUAAAACACCAAGGCAUGCAUAAUUUCUUCGAAGGCUAACUGGACGUUUUGCGACUCAGUUCAUCACACCAGAGUGCGCCAUGGCUGACGAGGAGAUGAUGUUCAGCAUGGAGGAGGUGGGCAGUGCCAGGAGAGGUGUGAGCCAGAGGACGAUGUCCUGUCCUGACGCCAACAGCGAUGACGAGGAAGACUUCUACAUCUGCCCCAUCACAGACGACCCAGUCAGCCCUACCAAAGAAAUCUGCCACUACUUGAAGAACCUCAUUCACAACAAGCAGCUUACUGCUGGCUCGCCCAAGAACUCCUUCACGUACAAGAACACAAAAGGAAACGAGCCAGAACAGCGAUCGGUCAGUUUUGGGGCGUUAACUGAAAGAGGGCGGGCGACCUGGAAACAUGCUAUAGAGAAAGCCAGGGCCAUGCCUGACCCAUGGGCGGAGUUUCACCUGGAGGACAUUGAGACAGAACCGUGCAUACGGUACAGGUACAAUGCUGUUACUGGGCAGUGGGCACAAGACCAGGUUUACCUGAAGAUGGCUGCCCAGCCCUUUGGAAGAGGAGCCAUGAGAGAGUGUUACAGAACGAAGAAGUUGUCAAAUUUCUCUCACAGCAGCAACUGGAAGUCAGCCUCAAACUAUGUGGCAAAGCGCUACAUGGAAAGUGUGGACAGGGAGGUGUACUUUGAGGAUGUCAGGCUACAAAUGGAGGCAAAAUUAUGGGGAGAGGAGUAUAACCGCCAUCGGCCCCCCAAACAGGUGGACAUCAUGCAGAUGUGCGUGGUGGAAAUGGCGUCACGCCCAGGGAAACCCAUGUUCCACCUGGAGCAUUACAUUGAAGGGAAGUACAUCAAAUACAACUCCAACUCGGGCUUUGUGAGGGACGACAACAUUCGUCUCACCCCCCAGGCGUUUAGCCAUUUCACGUUUGAGCGCUCUGGACACCAGCUGAUUGUGGUGGAUAUUCAGGGAGUUGGAGACCUCUACACUGACCCCCAGAUCCACACUGACAAAGGAACUGACUUUGGAGAUGGCAAUCUGGGUGUGCGAGGGAUGGCACUGUUUUUCCACUCGCACCUGUGCAAUAAGAUCUGCAAGAGCAUGGGCCUCACUCCCUUUGACCUCUCCCCUGCUGAGAAGGCCCAGCUCGACUGCACCAGCAAGCUGCUGAAGUCUGCCAAGACGGUGUUGAGAGGAUGUGAGGAGCCGUGUGGGUCCCCCAGAGUUCGCACCUUUUCUGGGGGGCGCCUGCCCCCUCUCCUGACGCGCCUGUCAGAGACCUCGUCUACUGAUGAAAACAUGAGUGACCAGGACUCCAUGCCCUGCUCACCUCUUCAGCUGAGCGGCUCAGUGGGAAGAUCCCCUCUGUCCCCUCUGGGUUGGGGCUCCAUAAAUGAGAUGGACUUCCAGGGUGAAAGGAACAACAACAACCCGGAGCACAGGGACUCUGAGAGUGGUGGAGACAGCGGUUACCCCAGCGAGAGACGAAGUGAAGGAGACCCUGUGGAACAUGGAGAUAGGGGCAGUUUCCACAGCAGCAGACAUCCGUACGAGUCGGACGAGGACAGUGUUCGACGGAAAACCAAGCCCUCUCCUUCUGCAAACAUCACCCCAAACCAGCCGCUGACUGAAGAAAAAUGGAGUUUCUUCCACACUUCUCGUGCGAACAUACACAGGCCUUCCUGUGUGGCUGUGGAAGUUGAGAGGCUGAAUAAUCUGCUUCUGGAGCGAAAGAUUGGGAAGUCCAUCCUGGGCAAGGUCCACUUGGCCAUGGUUCGGUACCAUGAGGCAGGCAGGUUCUGCGAGAAGGACGAGGAGUGGGACCGGGACUCUGCGGUGUACCACCUGGAGCGUGCAGCCAUGUGCGGGGAGCUGGAGGCCAUCGUGGCCCUCGGACAGUGCUACAUGCAGCUGCCUCACCACGUCCUAACCGAGGUCACACUGGAGGACAGUGAAGAGAACAGGAAAAAGGGCUUCCAGUACUUGCUGCAGGCAGCUGAAGCGGGAGACAGACCCAGCAUGAUAUUAGUGGCCAGAGCCUUCGAUACUGGGGUCAACCUCUCACCAGACGGGACGCAGAACUGGGAAGAGGCAGUGCACUGGUACGACUGCGCCCUCAAUAUGAUGGACUAUGAUGAGGGAGGAGAAUUUGAUGGCAUGCAAGAUGAGCCACGGUAUCUGCUGCUGGCCAGGGAGGCAGAGAUGUACCAGGAAGGAAAGUUCGGCCUGGACACGGACUACCAGAGGGCAGGUGAUCUGUUCACAGAGGCAGCGGACGCAGCAAUGGAAGCCAUGAAAGGCAGGCUGGCCAACCAGUACUACAUGAAAGCUGAGGAGGCCUGGGGAAUGAUGGAGGAGUGAGAGACUCCAUCACAUUGGCCAGACUACUCGCAUCUCGAGCUAUUCCCUGACUCCUCAGAGCUCUCUUUGACUUAUUCCCAGACUGUUAAUGUUUACACCCCUUUAUAUAGAUUCAGAGUUUAAAUGCUGCAUUGUACUUUCGUAUAUGGCUGUCCUGGGGUUAUAUAACGGUGCUUUUUAUAUAAACUGUGAUGUCAGUCAUGUGCUUUUUUCUGAUCUUUGUCAGGCUGAUCUGCAAUUAAGAUCUCUGACAACCAGUCGCUCAUUUAUUUCCUUCUUGGAUUAUCUUUGUUUCAUAGAAAGGACAGGCAUUGUGCUUAGUGUUUCAGUGUUCUUCCUUUCCAAUCUCCCCGCCAAGCACUUUUCCAAAAUGAGAUAACAUUGAUUAGAAAGGGCAGAAUUUAGCAACAUUGUAAAGAGUUUUAAAAAGUUGUGUAUAUGACUUCAUGUGUUUUAAUGUCAUGCUCUUUUUUAUUGUAUGGUAGCCUAGACUGAAUGCUGC